CGACACAAAUGUUUUCAUCCGUAGACAUGAAGCCACUUAUUAUGAUAACUUUCUCUCUAUUCUUCACCAACGUUUCCCGAGUAUCGCCAGAGAGUCAAUGAUCAUCCAAACCAAUGAGUUGGGUAUCUGCGCUGGACGGUAUGUUGAUAUUGAGGAUGAUAUGUGGCUGGAGGUUAGCCCUCAGAUUCAUAAUAUCAAGGUUAUCUCUCGACCGACACAAACAUCGACGCAGCCUGCCCAACCUGUGAAGACAGUUGAUCCGUUUGCCUCGUUUUCUAAUGCUUGUAAAAAUUGUGGUACGGUGGGACACUCGAAGGCUCGUUGCUGGCGUAAGGGCGGCGACAUGGAGGGACAAUACCCUGCCUGGUGGAAAGGGCCGCGGUGAUACGCCGCCGAAGCGUAUAGUAAGAGAAAUACCCUCGGAAAGAAAUUUUGCUGUAUUUUCAAAGCAUAUUACUUGUGUACAAUAAAUAAAACUACCAGACAG